AUGCCAUCUUCUUCACCAGUGGCAUCAAUCAAACUGCAAGAAAAGAGCAUAAAUGACCUUCAUGCUUCAUCAAUAUCAAGUGCAAACUCCAAUGAACCAAAACGCAGCGCAUGGGCGAAUUUUAAAGACUCAUUUAAACCACCAGAAUCAACAACCAAUCGCAAAAGUCGACCUCAACAAUCACCACAACUGACAACGUCUGCAUCCGAUGAUGACGCAGAUUCCACCAACAAGGCUACUGAUAUCAACAACAUCAACAGUGAUGACAUUGAAGAAGGCAGUAUACAUGCUCCAUUGAAACAAACUCUUAAAAAAAGACAAUUGCAAAUGAUUGCUCUUGGUGGAUGUGUUGGUUCUGGAUUAUUGGUGGCUUCAAGAUCAGCCAUGAAAAAUGGUCCUGCCAGUUUGAUUGUUGCUUGGGCCAUCGUUUCCACUUUUUUGUAUUGUACGAUGCAAUCAUUGGCCGAAUUGUCCAGUAGUUACCCCGUCACUGGUUCUUUUGCCACUUAUUCAGUUAAAUUUGUUGAUCCUAGUUGGGGUUUUGCCAUGGGGUGGAACUAUGCCAUGUUUUGGGUUAUUGUAUUGCCAUUGGAAUUGGUGGCUUCAGCAUUGACAAUAAAUUUCUGGAACUCAGAUAUAAAUAGUGAUGCAUGGGUAGCAAUUUUCUACGUGUUGAUUUUCUUCCUAAAUAUGUGUGGCAAUAAAGGGUUUGGUGAAACCGAAUUUGUUGCUUCUAUAAUCAAAUUGUUGGGAAUUGUUGGGUUCAACAUCUUGGCCAUUGUUUUAAUUUGUGGUGGUGGUGAUCAAGGGUUUAUUGGAGGCAAGAAUUGGCAUCCACCAUUCACUACUGGGUUCAAGGGAGUUGUAUCGGUUUUGUUAACGGCAACUUAUUCAUUGGCUGGAACUGAAUUGGUUGGUUUAACAUCAAGUGAAUCAGCUGGAGAUUCGAGAAAGAUUUUACCAAAAGCAAUCAAACAGGUUGUUUGGAGAAUUCUCAUCUUUUACAUGACUACAUUGACACUACUUGGCUGUUUGGUUAAUCACGAUAACCCUCGUUUAGAUGCUGAUGGGAAUGCCGCUUCACCAUUUGUUAUUGCCAUCAAGGAAGGUGGUAUAAAGGGAUUACCUUCAGUGUUUAAUGUGGUUAUCUUGGUGGCACUUUUAGCGAUUGCCAACUCAGCCGUGUAUGGGUUUUCAAGAACUAUUUUGGCUUUAGCUGAACAAGGUCUUGCUCCCAAGAUUUACACUUAUGUUGAUAGAAAGGGAAGACCAUUGGCUGGGAUUGCCACAUCAGCAUUUGUGGGAUUAUUAUCUUUUAUUUCGGCAUCAAAAAGCCAAGCUGACGUUUUUGAUUGGUUGGUUGCAUUAUCUGGAUUAUCUACUUUGUUUACUUGGGGAAGUAUCAAUGGAGCUUUUAUUAGAUAUCGUAUGGCAAUGAAGGCACAAGGAAGGUCUACUGAUGAUUUAGCAUACAAAUCCAACAGUGGACUCAUUGGCGCAUAUUACGGUUUAAUUGCUAAUGUCGCCAUCUUGGGACUUCAAUUUUGGCUUGCAUUGUUUCCUAUUGGCAAGCCACCAAAAGCUGUUACAUUUUUCAAAACUUAUCUUGGUGGAGUCAUUGUCCUUGUAUUUUAUGUUGGUCAUAAACUUUGGACUAGAAGUUGGAGACUUUAUAUCAGAGCCAAAGACAUUGAUCUCGAUAAUGGGAAAACAGCUGUUGAUAUUGAUUUGAUCAAACAAGAAAUUCAAGAAGAAAAAGAAGCAUUAAGAGCAAAGCCAUUGUACUAUAGAGUUUACGACUUUUGGUGUUAG